AUGGCUAUUGCGUCCUUCUACUUAGUUUUACAUGAUGUUCAUUGUUGUUCAUCGUCACCUUAUCGAAGCUUAUUUUUGAAUAAUGUAUGUGAUUAUCCGUACUCUGGUAUUAAUACCGAAGAAAAAUUAAUAGAUCUUGACCACGAUGACUUUGCGUCAUAUUUGCUCGAAAGUAUACAAAAUACAAACGUUAUCGUAUCACCAAUAGGUAUUCAAUUGAUUUUGUCAAUAUUAGCAUUGGGUGCCAGAGGAGUGACACAACAACAAAUAUUAAGAGUAUUAAGUUAUCGACUAGUAAACACAUCAACUGAUGAUUAUUUUAUUGCCAAUCGUCUUUAUGUACAAAAUGAUACUAAUCGCCUAUUAUUUAAUAACGAUUACAUCAAUCAAUUGAAACGAUUGUAUAAAUGUGACGUUAAACAAGUCGAUAAUUUUCAAGAAAAUCGAUUACGCAUAGCAGAAGAAAUUAAUCAAUGGGUGGAAAAACAGACACAUUAUUUAAUUGAAAAUGCUUUUCAUCCAGGUUUAAUCACACCUCGUACAAAUAUGAUUCUUGUCAACUGUGUUUAUUUCGAAGGUAAAACUAACUGGUUUUAUUUCUUGAAGUACAAAAAGGUAUGGUUCGUGAGAUAUAAGCGUUUUAUGUCUUUUUCGUAAAAUAUCAAUAGCUAAGAGAGAUCAAAACUUUUUCUUUUUACUAAAAUCAACUCGAUUGUUGGUUUAAUGAAGAUGCAUAAACAUUCGUUAAACCGACAAGUUCUUGAUUUGGUAUAUAAUUCAUUUGUUCUAUCCUCUUUGAAUUAUGGUUCUGUUAUUUUUUCCCUUACAACUAAAACUAAUAUUGAAAAACUUGAGAGAGUUCAAUAUCACGCUGCUCUCGUUGUCCUGGGAGCUAUGAAGGGAUCUUCAGCCGGAAAAGUUUUAUCGAUUUUGGGAUGGCUUACCUUGGAGGAGCAUUUUAAACUUAUGCGAUUAAGUUUGUAUUCGAAAAUAGUUAAGAAAAUAGUACCUGAUUAUCUUUUAAACCA